GUUCUCCGUUAGUGCAACAUCGCUGCUUCAGUGAUAACCUUAUCACCGAAUACGGAAAAGGAGGCAAAACUGACUUUGCCAGUUUUCGACCUAUUUCGCUUCUGCGGUAUUUUCCAAAAGUGUCGCGAUGUGUGACGAGUGACUGUGGCAGUGUUACAGUGCGAGCAGUUAUAUACUAUAAUGCGAUGUGGUUCAAGAGACCAAGGGGCAGGCUAAGAGCUAAGGAUCCCCCUGUUUAUCUGCUUUUGACAAUUUUCCUGUGGACUUUUACCUUUUUUGGAGCAUCGCUCGCCACCGUGAUGGGAGAGGAGUGCGAUUGGAGUGGCAGUGGUCUGCACCCAGCGCGAGGAGUUACUCCAGUGUACCUUCGGUGCUCCCAAGGCAGAGUUACCUGGAGUUAUCCAGGAGGUGCUUUGAGGGUUCUCCUACGACUUGGAUCCUCUGGGAGAGAGUUCAGAGGGUGUAUCAAGUCCUCUGCGUCUUGGGCUGGCGCUAGAGUCUUCCUGGAGGGCCCCAGGUCCCUGGUCAGGCUGUUGGACCAAGAAGACUCUAGACAGAAGGUGAGGUGUUUCCACAGUCGUGGAGGCCAAGCCGCUCUCUACGUAGAAGCUACGGGAGCAGCAACGUUUCCGAAACAGGUCGCUGAACUCUUUUACGAUCUGGAAGCACUACCAAGGCACAGCGGAGGAUACCAUGCUUCUGAUGAGUGCAGGCCGUGCUCGAAAGAAGAGAUGACACAUGCGUUCUGCACAAGUGAUCUCGUAACCCGAGGUAUCAUCCGCUCAGUUGAGAACCAAGAAGACCUCGAAACGUCUUCAGUCACUGUAAAAGUUACGAAACACCUGAGGCACUCUUCUUCCACCAUUACCUCAGACGGAGAAGAAGAAGAGGAGGAAAACUCGAUUUUUCCAGAAAAGGAAAAUCUUGUCCAGUUAUCUCUUCCGGGACACUGUGGUGCCAAACAUGGGACGGGAGAGUUUGUCUUCAUGGCCAGACGAAAACUGGGAGACCUAGCGAUCACGUGUGCGCCUAGACUUGAGGAUUGGGUGGAAGUCGUGAGGACCGAGAGUCUUAGUGGGAGUGCGAACUGUGUUUUGAACAGUUAGGCUGUGAUAAUACCCGAGAAUUGAGUUUUAAGAUUAAGAUUAAUUUAUUUUUAAACUGAGUUACACUAACAACACUUUGAAAUAUAAAAAUGCUUAUUCGCCAUUAGAGGCUCCAUUAAGCUCAAUUAGCUCCAUUAGAGGUCAAUUAUUUAUGACAUGAAAAAAGAAGAAAUGUUAUUCUUUUGUCUCAUCAUAUCACAAUUAGGUGGAUUUUUUUUUUUGUUUACAUUAUUUGUUCUUUAACAUUUUGAUUAAAAACUAUAAUCUUAAAACUUCUAUUGUCAAUGAGUUUCAUAAAAAUAAUAAUACUUUUUUUCUAUUAUAAUCAUUUUUUUAUAAUUAAGACCUAGCCUUUAAUAAUUUGUAGAUUCUGAAAGA